AUGUACCAACCUAGUCAAAUGACAGGCACGAAAUGGCAAUGUAUUGAAUAUGCUCGUCGAUGGUUGUUCAUUCGAAAAGGUUGCAUUUUUAAAGAUGCUUCUAUGGCAGCUCAAAUGUGGGAUCAAUUGAGUUAUGUCGAACGAGUCAUCGACGGUAAACUUUUCCCGUUGAAAAGAUAUUCAAAUGGUUCACCAAAACCACCGAAAAAAGGUUCACUUCUCAUCUGUAAACAGACUUCUGACUUCCCCGUUAGUCAUGUUACCGUCAUUGUUGAUACGGUAAUUACAUUUAUUUCACACUUGGGUUCGAACAAAAUAUAA